UUGGGCCACGACUUGCAGGCGAAAGUUGCUUGCGGGUGAUGGUGGUACAGUAGUACGUCAAUUUGUUUCCUUGGCGCGGUGGCUCAGCCGGGGAGCCCUCAUUCGCCCAAAGCUUGAUGUCUUCGUCUUCCUUGCUCCUCUUCCUCGACCUGUCCCGAUUCUUCCAUCAAGCGGACCGGGCCUCCUUACUCCCCUUCCGCGCCUUCUCCGCUUCCGUCUCCUCCACUUCCCUCUCUACAUAUCCGACCCGGAGCCUCCUCUCGAUCCAUCCCGUGCUCUCAGUCUCCAGAUCCACCGUGAGGCCAUUAUCUGAGAAGGGAGGCGGCGAUGGAGGAGGCGCUGUCGUUCGGAGUCAGCAGGAGAAUACGGAGGGGGAGUUGGCCGAAGCGGAGAAGGAGUUUGUGGCAGAUGGCGUCUGUAUUAGCGGCACAAGUGAGUCGGAACCUUCAUUUCAGCAGCAGGAGAAGAGACGCAGGAUGGUGGCCUCUGCGGAUUCGAUCUCGCUUGGCAUCAGAGAACCUGUGUACGAGGUGAUUGAAGUUAAAUCAGAUGGUACAGUGUCUACAAGGAAAAUUAACAGGCGACAAUUGUUGAAAUCUAGCGGCCUACGACCCAGAGAUAUCAGGAGUGUAGACCCAUCAUUGUGGCUGAUGAAUUCAAUGCCAUCUUUGCUGGUGCGAGAACAAGCUAUAUUAAUGAAUUUGGGCUCCUUAAGGGCAAUUGUUAUGAAUGAACGUGUUCUUAUAUUUGAUUAUAACAGAAAAGGAGGGAGAGCCUUCUUAAAAACAUUGUUGCCUCGCUUAAAUUCUAAAAGCAACGGCGGUGGACUUGCCAUGCCUUUUGAGCUCGAGGUUGUUGAAGCUGCACUACUUUCUCGAAUAAACCGGUUGGAGCACAGAAUAAUGAAUAUUGAACCUCGUGUGGUUGCAUUACUUGAAGUUCUUCUUCUUCCCAAUAGAUUGACAGCCGAUGUGUUGGAAGAUCUACGUCUGAGCAAACAAACUUUGGUUGAAUUGGGUUCACGAGCAGGAGAGCUGAAACAGAUGCUUCUUGAUCUUCUUGAAGAUCCUCAUGAAAUUCGUCGAAUAUGCAUAAUGGGGAGAAAUUGCACAAUUCGCCGGGGGAGUAAUGACGUGGAAUGUUCCCUUCUCUUGGACAAACAAAUUGCUGAAGAAGAAGAGGAAGAGAUCGAAAUGCUCUUGGAGAAUUAUCUUCAACGAUGUGAAUCCUGCCAUGGUCAAGCUGAAAGACUUCUUGAUUCUGCCAAGGAAAUGGAAGACUCUAUUGCUGUGAACCUGAGUGUCAUGAAAAAAAAAUAUAUAAGCAUACUACUGGAUUAUUUUUGCUGCAUAUCGGAGCAUAUCUGCAUUCCCAACUGCUGGCUCGUGAUGGAUCUGCCCAUCUUAUUUGUUGUUCCUUCAAUUUGAUGUAUUUUGAGCAAUCCAUGUCAAUAUCCUUCUAAAUCUUAGGAUGGUAUAAACAUCUGCAAUGUUGAUGUAGCACUCUCCCUCCUGAAAGCAUAUAAUUUCUCUUCAAAAAUCUUGAUGUAGGAACCUUGCUUCUGUGUUGAUCUUGGAGUUGGCGAUCUUUUUGUUGGAAAUUUUCCUGAAAAAACUGAAAUAGAGAAGUUCAAGUAGAGCAAUUAAAUGAAUACAUCAUAGUUUUAUGUUUGGUGAUUUUAUCAUGGGAUAAUCUAUAUGACCACAAAGACUAAGAUUAAUACACCAACUAUCUUGGAGAUGCCUAUGAUAUGAUCUUCAAAUGGAUUGUUGAGGUUUCCUUUCAGCUCCUUAGUAUUCUAAUUUCUUUUUUCCUUUCCAAAUACAAUUUUACAAACAAGAAAACAUUCACAGAGGAAAACAUGAUUUGAUUUUGUGUAUUCAACCUUGACAUGGAGGCUUGAACUUCAAACUCUAAAGGUUGGUAUAUCUUAACAAUAAACUGGAUCGCGAAGAUUUUGUACAGUCACUCUAAUUUUCAUGUUCCAAUUCAGUAAGUUUCUAUUUUUAUAUGGAUCAAAUUUCAUUUACCUAUUUAU